AUGGAGCUGGACAACAACUCCCUGGACUACUUCAGCAGCAACUUGACGGAGUUGGGCGGCGGCACGGCGGCCCCGGCCUGGAGCGAGGCCUCGCUGCUCGGCCUGCGGGUCUCCGUGUACGUGCUGCUGGCCGUGGUCACGCUGGCCACCAUGCUGUCCAACGCCUUCGUCAUCGCCACCAUCUUCAUGACCAGGAAGCUCCACACGCCGGCCAACUUCCUGAUCGGCUCGCUGGCCCUCACCGACCUGCUGGUGUCCAUCCUGGUCAUGCCCAUCAGCGUCGUGUACACCGUCAGCAAGACGUGGUCGCUGGGCCAGGUGGUGUGCGACGUGUGGCUGUCGUCCGACAUCACCUUCUGCACCGCCUCCAUCCUGCACCUGUGCGUCAUCGCGCUGGACCGCUACUGGGCCAUCACCGACGCCCUGGAGUACUCCCGGCGCCGCACCAUGCGGCGGGCGGCCGCCAUGGUGGCGGUGGUGUGGGUCAUCUCAAUCUGCAUCUCCAUCCCACCGCUGUUCUGGCGCCAGGCCAAGGCCCACGAGGAGCUGACGGAGUGCGUGGUGAACGCAGACCAGAUCUCCUACACGCUGUACUCCACCUUCGGCGCCUUCUACGUCCCCACCUUGCUGCUCCUCAUCCUCUACGGCAGGAUCUACGUCGCCGCCCGCUCUCGCAUCUUCAAGACGCCGUCGGCCGGGAAGCGGUUCACCACGGCGCAGCUCAUCCAGACCUCGGCGGGCUCCUCGCUCUGCUCGCUCAGCUCCGCCUCGCAGCACUCGGGCGGAGUGGGCGGGGCCGGCGGCUCGCCGCUCUUCAUCAGCAGCGUGAAGGUGAAGCUGGCGGACAGCGUGCUGGAGAGGAAGCGCCUGUGCGCGGCGAGGGAGAGGAAAGCCACCAAGACGCUGGGAAUCAUACUGGGCGCCUUCAUCGUGUGCUGGCUGCCCUUCUUUGUGGGAACGCUGGUCAUGGUCAUCUGUAAAGACUGCUGGUUCGACCCCCUGCUGUUCGACACCUUCACCUGGCUGGGAUACCUGAACUCCCUGAUCAACCCCGUCAUCUACACCGCCUUCAACGACGAGUUCAAACAGGCCUUCCAGAAGCUGGUCAAGCUCCGGCGCUGA